AUGGUACUAAGUCCAGUUAUAGUUACUGCUGAUGCAUCGUGUUUCCUUGCUUUUACCUUAACCAUCACAUUAGAAGUACAUCAGUUUGAGACGUUUUGCAGGGAGGCGUAUCUUAAUGUUGUCAGUAACUUUCAAAAUUGUGAUCUGCAUUCAGUAGAAACAAAAGUAGUAAUGUUGGUUAAAAAACACAUUCAAAUAAGAAGUACAUCCAAUGAAUUGAAUUUAUUGAUGCAAAAUGCCAUAAUCUGGUUCGUUAUAUCGGGGUCAUUUUUAGGGGUUUGUAUAUCGGCUUCUUGUUUAUUAGGAGAGAUUCCAUUUUUUCUCAAAUUUGGUGUUUUCUAUUCAUACUUAUCAAUCGUUAUGACCUUUUUACAUGGGGGGCAAUUAUUAGAAAAUCAGAAUGAUAAAUUCAACAAUAUUGUUUCCAACUGCGUGUGGUACACAUGGGAUAUUAACAGCAGAAAGAUCUUUUUCACUAUACUUUUAAAUAUGGAGAGAUCUAUAAGCUUUUAUUUUACACAAGGAAUUGUUGUUAAUCAUGUCUUAUUAAUGAAGGUUUUAAAGGGUAUAUUUACAACAAUUACGGUGGUUUUACAAAUAUCAGCUUAA